CUGUUGAAGCGAAAUAUCCCUUAGUUUUGGAUUGACUUCGUAUUUGAGUGGUUCGUUGUGCGUUCGUUGCGCGUUUCAUGAAUCGUCUGAACGAAAAUACACGCGCAUUUAACACGUAGUGGAAGGUGUAUACAAACAAUAAUAAUAAAUUAUGUGUGUGGACUUUUUUGCAAAAUAAUUUCAGUUAAAAUAAAAUAUUAAAAUUUGCUAUGUGUUUGUGUGACGGCGAAAAUAUUUCGCCAAUGGGUGAAAAAUUUGCAAUUGCGAAACAGUGAAAAUAUAUUUGUUUUUGUUUAACUAAAAAAUAGUUAAUUUGUUAAAAAUAAUUAUAGCAAGCACAAAAACAACGAAAGGACCGGAAGUUAUUUCCAAUCGAAUCCGCAUAAACCUACAACGGAUUUCAUCACCACAGCGCUGCUUAUAUCACACAAAGCGGCAGAUUGGAUUCGAAAUUCGCAAAAAAAGCAAAAAACCACAAAAUAAAUUUAUGCAAAAAUGUUUAUUAUACAACUCAUCACAAUUAGCAGGUGACUAAAGCGCAGCAAGGGCCACCGCGAAGCAAAAAAAAAAUAAAGUGUUACGAAGAAUAAGACGUCUUAGUCACAAUUUAAUGAAUAUUUACACAUGCAAAUCAUUUUGCGACACUGAAUGAAUGCGAAACAAAAAAUAUAAAAAUCAUAAUUUAACAACAUGCUUACCAAACUUGAAAUAGCAAAGAAAUCACAAACGAACAACAAACGUUGGAACACCGACCAAAAGUGUUGACAAAUUUUAAUGCAAAAAGUUUGACAAAAAAAAUUACGACACAAUUUUUGAAGUGGUGAAAUAAGUGUUUAGUGAAUAGUAAAUAGUGAAAAGUGUGCAAAAACUCAAAUCAUUUUGAGAUUCUAAAAGCACUUGGUUUAAAUUGGUGUACCACCCUAACAAAUUAACUACUUCUCUUCAAAUUCGUGCAACAUGUUGGCCGUGAAGAAUUUCUUUUUACCCGAACGCACGGCGGCAGCUAAGCCGCCCGAAACGCCACAGCGUUUUUCACGCAUGCCUGAAGCUUUUCUACGUUCCAUACGACGGCGUUCACUGCGUGUAAAGCGCGCCAAAAGCUUGGUGGUGCCCGAUCGCGAGAAGCGGAAAUCAGACUCUUUCGUCAACAGUCAAGAAUGGACGAUCUCACGUUCAGUGCCCGACUUGCGCCUAGGCAUAGUUGGUUCAUUGAACUCUGGCAAAUCAGCUUUAGUGCAUCGUUAUUUAACUGGUUCCUAUAUGCAAGAGGAGUCGCCUGAAGGCGGUCGCUUUAAGAAGGAAGUAUUCAUAGAUGGCCAAAGUUAUUUAUUACUGAUAAGAGAUGAAGGCGGACCACCAGAAAUGCAGUUUGCCGCUUGGGUUGACGCUGUGAUUUUCGUCUUUAGUCUCGAGAACGAGAGCAGUUUCAACACAAUCUACAAUUACUACAAUAAAAUGGCGCAUUUUCGCAAUGGUCAGGAUUUGCCAAUGAUUUUAGUUGGCACACAGGACGCAAUUAGUGAGCGCAACCCACGUGUGAUCGAUGACUCUCGCGCGAGAAAGCUGGCAAACGACCUGAAGCGUUGCUCAUACUACGAAACGUGCGCCACAUAUGGUCUCAAUGUUGAAAGAGUGUUUCAGGACGCUUGUCAGAAGAUCCUUCAGCAGCGCAUUCCCCUACCUCCCACCGUCAACUCCCGACCCACAACGCCGCAAGGCACACGCCUCGGCAUCGCCUCCUAUCACCACAACUCCAACAAUCAUGGCGCGAAUGCAAAUGGCUUCUCUGCAUCUACUUCGUCGGUGCAGGGUGCCGUGUCCACCAGUAAUUUAUCGCUGCCACACCGCCAUCACGCGCUGUCCACAUCGUCACAUCACAUACCGAUGCGCAUGAGCGCCGAUUUCAUGCACACCGAGCAGCAGCAGAGCUUGCCGCCCAGUCAGAAGGCGUGGCAACAGCAAAAAGAGCAGCAACAACGUGAUCGUGAAUUAACGAUGCUCACAAACGAAAACAAUAACAUCACCAAAUUCACACCCACACAUCACCAACAGCAGCAGCAGCAACAACAACAACAGCAAUCGAGCCAUCAAACAGCUGAAAGUUUGCCACCUUUGAGUUUGGUGCCGUUGCGCGAGAAUAGGGAUAAUGGCAGUGGUGGCGGCGGCGGCAGCGGCGGUGGUAAGGAUCUGCCGACACCCACAUCUACGCCUACAACAAGUCGCAAAAGUCGACGGCGUUCAAAUCUCUUCAUUCCCUCCUCCUCGAAGAAGGGCGAGAAGGAUUUGAAAAAUGGCGAAUUGGGUAGCGGACGAUCCAUACCAAUCAAACAGGGUUACCUCUACAAACGCUCCAGCAAAUCGUUGAACAAGGAAUGGAAGAAGAAAUAUGUGACGCUCUGUAAUGAUGGACGGCUCACAUAUCAUCCAUCGCUGCACGAUUACAUGGACGAUGUGCAUGGUAAGGAAAUACCGUUACAGUACGUAACUGUAAAGGUACCGGGACAAAAACCGCGCGGUUCGAAAUCGAUCAUCACCAACAGCGCGCUCACAACCUCAAUGCACUCGAAUGGACGCGGCCAUGGUCAAAACGGCUUGAGCGAAGGCAUCGGCUGUCUGUCGAUUGUCAAGGAUAACAAGGAAAAAAAGGUGACCGAAAAGGUGUUGCUCACCGCUUUCGACACGCUACGCGAACCGGUGAAAUCGAAUUCUUCGCAACAGACCAGUGGUGAUGAGGGCAUAGCCAUGUCCAACUCCAACUCACAGACGUUUAUUGCCGGCAGUGAUAGCCAACAACAGCUGCAGCAGCAGCAACGCGAAUUGCUCGCUGUCAAUGCGGCAAACAAAUUAGAAUCUCAAACACCAAAUGUAAAGAAACGCCAUCGCCGUAUGAAGAGCAGCAGCGUUAAGUCAAAUGAAGUGGACGAUUCGGAUAUUUAUGAGUUUUUCAUCGUAUCGCUCGACUCCAAGCAGUGGCACUUUGAAGCAGCUAGCUCUGAGGAUCGUGACGAAUGGGUGGCUGCUAUUGAGCAGGAGAUCUUCAAAAGCCUUCAGGGUAUCGAAAGCACGAAAACCAAACCGGCAACCACAAGUGAGCUGGCCUCAAUGGUGGCGAUACGCACGCGUGUACCGGGCAAUGGCUUUUGUGUGGACUGCGAUGCGCCGAAUCCGGAAUGGGCUAGCUUAAAUCUGGGUGUACUCAUGUGUAUCGAAUGUUCGGGCAUUCAUCGUAAUUUGGGUUCACAUAUUUCCAAAGUGCGUUCGCUGGGCUUAGAUGAUUGGCCAGCCGGUCAUCUCAGUGUAAUGCUGGCCAUAGGCAAUAGUUUGGCGAAUUCGGUGUGGGAGGCGAAUACGCGGCAACGCACCAAACCUAGGCCCAAUUCCACACGUGAGGAGAAGGAAGCGUGGAUAAGGAGCAAAUAUGAAUCCAAAGAGUUUUUAGCACAAUCCAAUGCUAAUACAAAUACAACGCCGGGACAGCAAUUAAUAGAAGCGGUGAUCAGAUCGGACAUCAAGUCUAUUGUCUUGAUACUCGCCACUGCUAACAGUGAAGUGACCAAUGCUAACGUGAGUCCACGUGAUGUACGGACACCACUGCUGCUGGCUUGUGCCAUCGGUAAUCUGGCCAUAGCGCAGCUGCUGAUUUGGAACGGAGCCAACAUUAAGCAUACUGAUCAUGAGGGACGCACCUGUUUGGCGUAUGCGCGUGCAGCACAAUCGCUGGCAACAGCGAAAUCCCUGAAGGCUGCCGCCGCCGCAGCUGCGGUCGCAAACGCGGCGAACGGUAGCAACACGAACACAAACUCGAGCACUGCUAGCAAUACGAGUUCCUGUUCGUCGACCGCAUCCACCACAGCCACCACCACAACAACAAGCAAUGCGACGAACAGUGCCACAGCAAGUGGCGCAGCGGCAGCGCCGGCAACAAAUGGUGGCAUACCAGCGCCACAGUACAGCGUCGAAGAGACAACAGCGCUGGUGGAGCUGUUAACGAGCUUAGGUUGCCCCGAGUCGGCGCCCUUGACGGCCAGUGGCACGCUACCGCGUCGCCGCGACACGCUGGGCACACCCUACGAGAAGACCGUAUCGGGUGUCAUAUAAAGAGCUUGCACUUAAAAGGGAAAGGCAGCGCGCUUUGGCCGUUUGCAAUAACAAUAAGCUUAUAGUCUAAGUUAAAAAGCUGUACAACAGUUGAAGUAUUGACAUUAGUAGGAAGAAAAUGUAUGGCAAUCGUGCGUUGGUAAUAGAGCCACAAUUUGCUUAUUUAGUUAUAGUCAUGUAGAUAUAUAUGUGUAUAUGCGUCUGUCUGAAGUCGGUAUAAGUUGAAUUGAGAGGAAAUAAUAAUUUAUCAUGCUGCUUAGAGAAAGUGCUGUCGUAAUGGAGAGCUUGAUAGCCACUUUUUAAGUCUUUUAAUUAGCCGAAUUUAAUUUAUUACACAUUUUAACUAUGUAUUUUUAAAUAAAGUAAUUUAAUAAUUAAAGCAAGCAUAUUGGAAGUUAGUAUGAUAGUACGAAGUUUGUUUUCCGAUUGAUAAGCUCUUAAACACAGCAAGCUUUCAGUUUUAAAAUCACAAAAAAGUAUGUAAAUUACUAAGCAAACUCGUAAAAGCUGUUAAUAUAAUUUUUAUUUUUUAAAAUAUCUUAUUAUGGCAAAGAAAAUGUCUUGUAUGUAUGUUGGUAUGUCUGUUUACAUUAUAUACGUACAUAAGUACAAUAUACAUAUAUAAAUAUAUUUUUUUCUGUGUAAACUCCGAGUAAAAAAAUGUAGAUGUUAGUCCCUACACUCGCAAGGAGUACGCUUUAAAAUGUUAAAAAAAAUGGAUAACGGUUUAUCCAAGUGAAGUCGUCUAGAAAUAGCUGCACCUCAAAUCUACUUUUAAACAAGAUUUCUGUUAGGCACUUUUAACUGACAAUCUUAAAGUAAGUUUACUUUUAUGUUGAAAAACAGCAAAAAUCGCUUUUAUUUAAGUUUAUUUAUGUUAAAAUAAUUUCGUUUAACUUUUUGUUAACUAAACCAAUCGUUACCGUUUAAAUGAUAAAUAUUGCUAAAUAUUAUUUUAUUUCGAGUGCUCGAAAAAAAUUUAAAAAUAUAUUAAAACAACGCUAAAUAUUUAUUUAAAGCUAAGCAGUUUUGAAAAUGUAAGAAAUAAUAGGAAACCUUUACGAAUCGAAAUAUUACGACUUGUCAAAUACUUUUACAAAAUACUGUACGCUCAUCCGUCGCUUAAAAAAAUAUGAAUUCGCAAUCUCAAUAACGUCAAGUAAUGUCCAGUAAUGUGCUUUCGGUUUUUAAAUUGAAAUUUUAUUUUGAUAAAAAUUUUAAAGAAUGAUUUUAAAAAGAAACCUGCAAAUUGUCGUUUCAUUAUUUGUUUUUUUUUUUGGAAGACUUAAUGUUUUUGUGAAGAUUUUUUUUGCAUAAAUUUUUAUGUAAUGUAAAAAUGAUUAACAGAAUAAUCUGUUCAUUAAAAUCAGAGAACAAAAACUGGAUUACACAAGAUUUUAUUAAAAGAAAAACACGAAAAACCGAAAUAUUUAGUGUCUGCUUUUUUUUCGAGUAAACUAUUUUCUUAAACAUUUUAUUUGUUGUUGUUUUGUUAAGCUUUGUUUAUAACACUCUUAAAUAGUUCUGCUGCAAUGUGAACCGAUGCAAGUAUAUUAGGUAUAAUUUUUAUUUAAAUCAUGUUUGAAUACGCUUCAAGUUUUUGAAAACGCUCACUUAUAGUUUUAUUUUUUAUUUCUCUUAAUUAUAAAAUUUAGUUAUUAUUUAGUUGAUUUGUAUUGUGUGAAAAAUAUAAUAUAAUAAAAUAUUAUUUAAUUUGCAUAAAUUGUUUCGUUUUAUUUGUUGCUGCGGAAAGUUCGAAUGAUGCAAAAUUUUAAAAAAUAUGUUACAUUUUAUUUUAUAGUUUAUGGUAACUGGCAGCCACAUUUAGUGCUCUCAAUCAAGGUGGAACUGUAUUUUGGGCCUUAAAUCGGAGUACAGAAACAAGUCUCGUUCGUUGCUUUAAAAUUAAAAUUUCAACCAAAAAAUAAAUACUAUAUUUACUAUAUUUUUUUA